CCCUGUACAAAGUGCGCAAAUACUGGGACGAUGCAGAACGCUUGAAAAAUGUCGAGAUACCCGAAAUUCGACGGCGCCUACAAGAUUUCGAAAGUCAGCGAGCAAGGAUCAAUACGGAACAUGAAGAUAUUGCCGCUGAGAUUGCCGCCGUCUGCAUGGAGAAACACGUAGCUGAGGGUCUCCGACAGAAGGUGGAAGAGUUGACCCGCUAUCAGAAGGACAUCGACGAACUCCACCAAGAAAUCGCCCAGAUUGAAAAGGAGCUGAGCAUGUCCGGUUCAACCAGGCUCAUGGAGGAUGUUCGCCGGGAAGUGGAAGAAAAGCAGAGCCAAUGGAGAUGGACCGGCUUCAUAGCGAGAGCAGGCGAAAACAAAACGAGCUCCAAAUCCGGGAUAGAAGCGUUCGGGAUGUGCGCGAGCAGCUUUCAAACGCGAGGCACCAGCAUCAAGAGUUUAAGACCGUUCAAGCAUCGAUAGCAGAAUUGAAAACUGCGGUCGAAGCGUUCGAAGUUCAAAUGAAGGAAGCGGAUCGAGAAGCGUCUGAUAAACGCACCAUCAUCAAGGAGAAAGAGGCAGAACUUACGCGAACCCGUCAAGAGAUGGACAAUGUGGAACAGGGGUUAGAGGCAAAGCUCUCGACAUUAGAAAGCGCAAAACAGCGGUUGGAGCUGGUGCACAGGGAAAUCCGCAGAUAUGCGGAUCAAGACAUAGGAGGACGUCUGCAGAGAUGCACGGAAAAGCUGGAUGCUAUCGAAUCAGAGCUGAAGUCUACCAAUGGAGACGUGGAUUCAUUCAACGAUAAACUGCAACUCAUGAGAGAUCAGGGAGCUAAAUUCCAUGAUUUGCAACGUAAUAUCGCUGACAACAUCACGUUUCGACAACUGCAUGCCCAAUGCGCUGCUCUGGAUAAAAAGAUCGCUGGGUUCGAUGAGGAUCUUGCUCGGUGUGAUCAGGCUUCGGUUGAGACCCAGUACAAACGCCUGAGGGCGAAGCAUGAGAAGUUAGUAGGCGAGCGUGCUGGACUGGUCGGCGAGUCGAAGCAGAUGCAAGAACAGUUACGACGACUCGAACGAGAGCUCAACACUGACUACCAAAACGUUGACGAAAAGUAUCGUUUGCAACUGAUCGAACUCAAAACCGAGCAAAUGGCCCAUCACGACCUCGAAAAGUACGCAAAAGCCCUUGACAACGCCAUUAUGAAGUACCAUUCGAUGAAAAUGGAAGAAAUCAACAAGAUUAUUCGUGAGCUAUGGGUGAACACCUAUCAGGGCUCGGAUAUCGACACGAUCGAAAUCAGAUCCGACAAUGAGAAUGUCAAAGGCAACCAGUCGUACAACUACCGGGUUGUGAUGAUGAAGGGAGAUAUCGGCUUGGAUAUGAGAGGACGCUGCAGUGCUGGCCAGAAAGUUUUGACGAGUUUGAUCAUCCGACUGGCUUUGGCCGAGACGUUUGGUUUGAACUGUGGAAUCUUGGCGCUUGAUGAGCCCACUACGAAUUUGGAUAGAGAGAAUAUUGAGAGCCUAGCGGAAUCCUUGGCCAACAUCAUCAAAAUCCGCCGCCAGCAAAGCAACUUCCAGCUUAUCAUUAUCACCCACGACGAGGAAUUUAUGCACCUUCUGGGGAAAUCUGAGUAUGCCGACUACUAUUGGCGUGUUUCAAAAAACGAAGAGUAAGUUAUAUCCUUCGUGGGCACUCGGUUAUCACCCGUCACGCAGUGCAAGAAUCAUAGGCUAAGUCGAUAGUACCGCAGUAAGAAGUCUAGAUCUACCUAUACACAUAUCCCGGUAUGUAGACCCCCCCCCCGC